AUGGGCAAAACCGCCGGGAACAGAGAUUGGACUCAGAUCUACGCGAUAUACGGGAUUGAACAAUGGCAGACACUCAUCUUCCUUCUCUUCCAUGCCUUUUUCUUCUCCUUACUCUCAGUUCUCUUCCUCAUCUACUUCGAUCAGAUUUGCUUCUUCCUCGACUCCUUCUUCCUCUCCGGCGCCUCCAGGUUAGCCGCGGGUUUCACCGGCGCCGUCACCGCUCUCUCAGCGGUUUGUCUCCUCUUCGCCGCCGCUAAUUUCGUCUACUCCGACGUUCCGCUACAGUACGAGAUGGCUCAACGCAUGGUUAGCUCCGUCGGUGACUGGUCUUGUGUCAAGACGGCGCUCGAUCUCGGCUGCGGUCGCGGCAUCCUCCUCAAUGCCGUCGCUACUCAGCUAAAAAAAACCGGUAGCUCGGGUCGGGUCGUCGGGUUAGAUCGCUCCAAACGCACCACUCUCUCAACUCUCCGCACCGCGAAACUCGAAGGUGUGCAAGAGUAUGUGACUUGUAGGGAAGGAGAUGUGAGGACGUUACCGUUCGGGGAUAACUACUUCGACGUGGUGGUCUCAUCGGUGUUCGUUCACACGGUGGGGAAAGAGCACGGUCAGAAGUCGGUGGAAGCGGCGGCGGAGAGGAUGAGGGUGCUUGGGGAGAUAGUGAGAGUGGUGAAGCCUGGAGGUUUGUGCGUGGUUUGGGAUCUUUUACACGUGCCGGAGUACGUGCGGCGUCUUCAGGAGCUGAAGAUGGAAGAUAUCCGAGUCUCCGAGCGAGUCACGGCGUUUAUGGCCGGAAGCCACAUCGUGUCUUUCCGGAAGCCGAGUGAACUCGUCGCCGGACCCCGAGAAGUCCGCCUUGAUUGGAGAUGA